AUGCAGUUAUUUAUCAACGAAGGGCAUUCUUUGGCCCAGAGAGCAGCAGCAAAGCAGCAUCACCUCACCCCGGAGCAGCAGCUUGGUGCUUUUGGAACCUGCUGCUCUGGGGGAAAGAAUGUAUUAAUAGUCUAUGCUCAUCAAGAGCCCAAGAGCCUGAAUGGAUCCUUGAAGGACAUCGCAGUGGUGAUACUAAGCAAAUAAGGCUUCCAGGUCACUGUGUCUGAUCUUUACCCAAUGGAGUUUGAUCUGAGAGCAAUGAGGAAAGAUAUCUCUGGUUCCCUGCACAACCCAGAAAGCUUCAAUUAUGGCUUACAGACAGGGCGUUUGGCCAGCAGUGUGGUAGAGGAGCAGAAGAAGGCGCAGGAGGCAGAUCUGGUGAUCUUCCAGGUUCAAUUCCAGAGGUGA